AGUGGGAAAAAUCCGUAGGAGAUCCCAGCCAUAGAAUACAAUCCGUUAAAGCAGUUAGAGGCUUAACUUCGCUCUCUUAUCUUCUUCGCCAAACACCAUCACAUUAACCGAGGAGAUUCUCAUCCUUGCAAAACCGAAACUCCAAUAUCUAAUUCGUCCCCCUUGACUCAGCGGUUCAACUCACUGAGUCACUAGGAUCAAUGGCGUUAUCGAGUCCACAGUUGCAGAGAUUCCUCGCAACCGAGUUCAAUUUCAUCUCCAAUACCAAGAACGCUAACAGGAACCACCUAACCACCACAACGGUCAUAAGCGCCAGAAGCCCCUGUCGGUGCUCCGCAAUCGCAAUUGACGCUCCUUCUUCGCUAACCGACGUUGCGGGGAUCCGUUGGGGGUCCACGAGCGUGCAGGGCACUCGCGAGGAGAUGGAGGACGAUCUAAUCAUACGAUCGGACGGCCUUGAUGGAUUCUCGUUCGCAGCUGUGUUUGAUGGUCAUGGUGGCGUAUCUUCCAUCAAGUUCCUCAGAGAUGAGCUGUAUAAAGAGUGUGUUACAGCUUUACAAGGUGGAAUUCUGUUGAAGGGAGGAGAUUUCAACGCAAUUAAAAAAGCAUUAACAGUGGCUUUCGAAAAUGCUGAUAAAAAGUUGCUAAAUUGGCUUGAAACGAUUGGAGAGGGCGACGAUGAAUCUGGUUCAACCGCCACUGUUAUGUUAAUCGGCAAUGAAGUGCUCUUGAUUUCUCAUGUUGGUGAUUCCUGUGUGGUUCUAUCUCGUGCGGGAAAGGUAGAAGUCUUGACUGAUUCUCAUCGACCCUAUGGGAGCAACAAGGCCUCUUUGCAAGAAAUUAGAAGAAUCAGAGAAGCAGGUGGAUGGAUUGUCAAUGGAAGGAUUUGUGGUGACAUAGCUGUAUCCCGUGCUUUUGGUGACAUUCGGUUCAAGACAAAGAAAAAUGAAAUGCUGAAGAAGGGAGUUGAGGAGAGCAGAUGGUCCGAAAAAUUUAUUUCUCGAGUAGUAUUCAAUGAAGACUUGGUCAUUGCAUCUCCAGACACCUUUAAAGUAGCUCUUGGGUCAGAUGCAGAGUUUGUCCUGUUGGCAUCCGAUGGUUUAUGGGAUUACAUAAAGAGCUCUGAAGCAGUUGCCUUUGUCAGAAAUCAACUACGAGAACACGGAGAUGUUCAGGUAGCAUGCGAUGCACUUGCACAAGCUGCUCUGGAUCAAGGCUCACAAGACAACGUCAGCAUUAUCAUUGCUGAUUUAGGGCAUACUGACUGGCAGAGUUUGCCACUUCAGCGACAAAGUUUUCUGUAUGAAUUUGGCCAAGCUUUAGCUACGGUUGGGAUCGUGUCACUUGGAAUAUGGUUGUCAUCUCAGGUUUCUUUUUGAUUUUGAGUGAUCAGUUGCAUAUAGAUUUCACUGUCUGUAGAAUGAAAACGUAUAUGACUAGCACUUUUGUUAAAAUUGAUCUAGUCAACUUUUAAUAAUUCAGAAUUAAUGUUUAGUUACUUUUGUUUCUUUGUAUUGGUUUUUGAAAUUCAGUAGUAUAUACCGAAUAUUAUUGAUGGGGAAAACACCAGGGCCUGAACAUACGAGCUAAUAGAAAUCACAUAGCUAGUAUAUCAUUUUUAACCGUAUUUCCUUUAUUCCUAACAGAUUUUUCUGGCACCUUUGAUUUCUGUGAUAGCCUUGACCAUGUUUGAACUGAUAAAAGUUGUUUAUCACAGAUUAGAAAGAAAGUAGAAAUAUGAGAGAAUUACCAUGAAUUCUUCCGUUCAGAAGUUUUGUCAAUGCUAUGGCAUUCUGAAGCAGAAACAAAGGAAAUUGUUAGUCGAGGGUGAGGCAAUGCCUAUAAUCUGAUUGAUAGCUUAAUUAUAUGAUAUCUUUCAAAUUCCACUCUUGAACUCAAUAGCAGUAUCGAAAACAAAAAGGAAAUUUUGGAAUAAAAUUUCAUCCAUAACAUAUAAU